ACACUUGGAAGGCGGAAGUUUGUGUGCCGGAGGCAACGAAGCGGAGCUGAGGUGUCGCUAGCCUUGCCUGCGGCUCUUCCGGGUCUCUGCUCCACUCCCGCGAGGUGGAGGCGGGAACCUGGAACCAUGGCUGUGAGGCAGCUGCGUAGCCUGGCAGGGUCUGGGGGCUGACAUCCUCGACGCCUGUCCACGGGCCCCUUGCUCCGAGUUUAGGGUUAGCUAGGGUCGCGCUGUCCCGGCCCCCAGACCCUCAAAAUGACCGCAGCCUCCACCUCCAAAUGGGGGCUAGUCACGAACGUCGUAAACAGCAUCGUGGGGGUCAGCGUACUCACCAUGCCUUUCUGCUUCAAACAGUGUGGCAUCAUCCUGGGGGCCCUGCUGUUGGUCUUCUGCUCAUGGAUGACACACCAGUCAUGUAUGUUCUUGGUGAAGUCGGCCAGCCUGAGCAAGAGGAGAACCUAUGCUGGCCUGGCGUUCCAUGCCUACGGCAAGGCGGGGAAGAUGCUGGUGGAGACCAGCAUGAUUGGGCUGAUGCUGGGGACCUGCAUUGCCUUCUACGUCGUGAUUGGUGACUUGGGCUCCAACUUCUUUGCCCCGCUGGUUGGAUUACGGGUGACCAACAGCUUGCGUGUGUUCCUGCUCUUCGCCGUGUCCCUGUGCAUCGUGCUCCCACUCAGCCUGCAGAGGAACAUGAUGGCCUCCAUCCAGUCCUUCAGUGCCAUGGCACUCCUCUUCUACACCGUCUUCAUGUUUGUGAUUGUGCUGUCCUCCCUUAAGCACGGCCUCUUCAGUGGGCAGUGGCUGCAGCGAGUCAGUUACAUCCGCUGGGAGGGCAUUUUCCGCUGCGUCCCCAUCUUCGGCAUGUCCUUUGCCUGCCAGUCCCAGGUCCUGCCUACCUAUGACAGCCUGGACGAGCCAUCGGUGAAGACCAUGAGUUCCAUAUUUGCCUCCUCCCUCAACGUGGUCACUGCCUUCUAUGUCAUGGUGGGGUUUUUUGGCUAUGUAAGCUUCACUGAUGCCACUGCCGGCAACGUGCUGAUACACUUCCCCUCCAACCUGGUGACAGAGAUGAUCCGAGUGGGCUUUGUCAUGUCCGUGGCUGUGGGCUUCCCCAUGAUGAUUCUGCCAUGCAGACAGGCCUUGAACACACUGCUGUUUGAGCAACAGCAAAAAGAUGGAACCUUUGCUGCAGGAGGCUACAUGCCCCCACUCCGGUUUAAAGUCCUUACCCUCUCGGUGGUGUUUGGAACCAUGGUCGGUGGAAUCUUGAUCCCCAAUGUGGAAACCAUCCUUGGCCUCACAGGGGCGACGAUGGGGAGCCUCAUCUGCUUCAUCUGCCCGGCUCUGAUCUAUAAGAAAGCCCACAAGAAUGCUCCCUCAGCCCAGGUGGUGCUCUGGGUCGGCCUGGGCGUCCUGGUGGUCAGCACACUCACUACCCUGUCUGUGAGCGAAGAAGCCCCUCUGGACUUGACACCAGAAGCUCGAAGUGGCCGCCGAGGAGAUGCCGAGGGCGGGGUGAAAGUGGAGUCUGCCCGGCUGUCAGUCCAGGAUCCCGUUGUGGUUGUUGCUGAGGAUAGUCGGGAGAAGCCAAAGCUUCCAGAGGACAAAGAGGUACUGGAGCAGGCCCAGAUUAAGGGUCCUGUAGAUGUGCCUGGAGGGGAGAUCCCUGAGGAGAAGCAGGAAGCUGCACAGCUGGACCGCCCUGCUCAAGGUAUUGCUGUCCCUGUGGGCGAGGCCCACCGCCAUGAGCCUCCCAUUCCUCAUGACAAAGUGGUGGUGGAUGAAGGUCAAGACCAAGAAGGGCCAGAAGAGAAAAAGCCACCUCCCAGGCUCACAGAUGAAGGGGACCCUGGGGACAGGGGGCAGGUGGCACCACCUCCACCUGAGUCAGAGAAGGAAAAGCAGGAACCUGAGAGAGGAGAAGAAGGGAAAAGACCUGAGCAAGCCCUGGCAAUGGGGGAAGAUGACCAUCCCCAGAAAGUUCCAGAAGCAAAUGACCAGCCACCUGUCCAGCCCAGGAAGGAAGAUUCCAGAGCAGACAAUAGGGAUCUGCAUCCGGCCCCCCAGUCCAGGCUCUCUGUGGAGCAGAAUGCUCUGGAGGCUGGUGAAGGUGUCCAGGCCGUGCAGAAGGCCGCAGGGGUCCCACAGAAGCCUGUGGAGAGUGACCUGGAGAGCAACAUUGGUGGGAAGGCGGGCCUCCCUGCACACAGGCCAGAGGCUGCAGCGGAGAAGGAGCAGGAGGAGGCCGAGCAGCCAGGUGGAGACCAGGCAGGGAGCAAGCUGGAAGAAGAGACUUUUCAUUAUUCCCUAUUGUGCCUCUCUUCCAUGUGCCUCUCAAUGGGAUGGACAGCUGAGAUUAAAAAGCUAGUAGCAGAAGCUGGGAGGGCGGAGAUGCUGGACCAUGCCGUGCUGCUGCAGGUGAUCAAAGAGCAGCAGGUGCAGCAGAAGCGCCUCCUGGACCAGCAGGAGAAGCUGCUGGCUGUGAUCGAGGAGCAGCACAAGGAGAUCCGGCAGCAGCGGCAGGAGGACGAGGAGGACAAGGCUAAGCCUGCAGACAUGCAGCCAGAGCCUGGGAUGGCAGCACUCAGAGGACCAGAGGAGGAGACCUGGAAUGAGCAUGCUGGGGAGACAGUGGAAGAGGAACCUCCACAGCCUUUGCAACCUGUGCUUGGAGCUCCUAGAGGUCGCCCUGCUUCACCCCAAGAGAUGGGCCAGCAACCCCUGGAGGAAGCCAAGGCAGGGCCAGGCAGAGACCUUGCUGACCUUCCUGUUGGUGGCUCUGAUACAGAGCCCCAGGGGGUCCAGACUAAGCUAAGAGAAGACCAGAAGGGUGCUGUGCUUAAGGUGGCUGGAGCUGGGGGGAAGCUGGCCCCCGGGGACUUGGAACCAGUGCUCAAGCCAGACCCUGCUCUGGCACCCAAGAGUCCAGAGAAGCAGUUUGCAGAGAAAGUAGCCAGGCAGCACCAACAUGCCUUUGGUGGAGGUUCCCAAGAAAGGAAGGAAACUGUAAAGGAAGCAAUGGCCACUGGUGCCAAUAUUCCCAAAGAGGCUGCCCAGCCCUUGGCAGGGGCAGAGGCUGAGGACUCUCGCGCAAAGUCCAGGCAAUCAGGACCCACCAUGGUCCCAGCUAGGCCAGCAGAUACAGGCUUUCAGCCCCAAGCUAGGUUUCAGCAAGAACCCCAGGCCAUCUCUGAUAAAGGUCAGGAUUCUCACCCAGAGGUAAGAAGUGAGGCUCCCCGAGGGGUUCGCACACCUGCCGAGGGGCAGCACACAGGGAAGGAGGAGGACACCGUCCUGGAGGCAAAGAAGAGGCCAGAUCCUAAUUCUGGGCCCAGACGAGCUGUGCCUGGGGGUCAGAAGCCAGAGAAUGCCAAACCCAACCGAGACCUGAAAGUGCAGGCUGGCUCUGACCUCCGGAGGAGACGGCGGGACCUUGCCUCUCAUCCAGAGCAGGAGCUGGCUCCGAAGGAUGGAGUCAUCAUUAGCUUUAACUCCCUGCCUAAUGUACAGGGGAACGACCUCCGCGGUGCCCUGGACACCCAGCUCCGUCAGGCUGCAGGGGCCGCGUUACAGGUGGUACACAGCCGGCAGAUUAAACAGUUGCCUGGAGACCUGGAGGAGGCGUGAGAACCAGCAUUGGACAGCAGCAUUGACUGGAGGCCACACUCUUGUGUCCUCACGAUGAGCUGGGAAAGCCUAACCCAGACAUCUUGUCACUCAGUGGUGUCACUUGCUCCAAGGCUUCGCCAAGGCACUCGCCAGCCCAAGUAUGGUUUGGGCCUUGAGCCAGCCCAGGAAAGGUAGUGCCGAGGUCCAGCUCUGCUGCUGCACCGCCACAGCUCUUGUCUGGUCAGCACUGACAACUCUGACUUGACUGUCCCAUGUUCUCCACGGUGUGGGAAACCCCCUGGGGAGGCCCAGGGUUGGGUAUAACUUGACUUGGGUUGGGGAAGGAGGUACAUGGCCUUCCUGGUUUCCUAUCAUACACAUUCUUUGAAAUUGAUUAUGAAACAAAAAAUAAAACAUCACUAACAUCUA